UAAGGAGUACUCUAAAUAUCCAAAAUGGCUGCACCCUUGAAGAUGUUGUGCAUCACUGCGUUUAGGCAGACAUCGCGUUCAUUCACAUCAACGUGCACAAUUCAAGCAGGAACGAAGUGGAGGCUCGAAAAUGGUUUAUCCCGAAGUGGGUCUGAAUAUGGCCCAUUAACAGAUCUACCCGACUGGUCAUACGCAGAUGGCAGGCCAGCCCCUCCAAUGAAAGGCCAGACAAGAAGGCGAGCAGAAAGAGAAGCAUUUGCAAGGAGAGCAGUAUAUCUAAAUGCAGAGAUGGAUCAGGGCAUGCAGAAAUGGAGGGAGAAAAAGGAGGAAGAAGAAAAGAUGGAGGAACAGAGGAAGGCUCAGCUACUCAAACCAAAAGGAAACCUUUUAUUAAAAACAAAAAAAUAAACACUGAAAACACCA